GCCGUGGACCUUCGCUAUUUGAAGUUCAUCAUGGAUCACCUGGGCGUCCGAGUCUUCGAGUUUCACAGCGCGGUGAUCUUCAAGUGCCAGCCCUUCAUGAAGGAGUUCGUGCAGAACACGAUCCAAACUCGCCGCGAGCUGAAGAAGGCCGGCCGCUUGCUCCAGGCUGAGGUGCAGAAGUUGACCGGCAACGUGCAGUAUGGCAAGAUGGUGCAGAAUCAAGAGAAGUUCCGGAACACCUUGGUCUACACGGAUCCGGUGAAGUUCCAGAAGAAGGCUGCUGGCCCUGCUAUGCUGGACGUGCGCCCGCAGAUCGCCGAAGACCACGCCUUCCUCGCCUUCUUGGACGUGGCUAAAGCAGGCCGCGGUGCUGUCUUGAAGUCUUUCCUUCAGGGCGGCUGGAAAGUGCUUGAGGAGUCCCGCCUGUUGAUGAUGAAGGCUCACUACAGGCUUCGCCUCAUCUUUGAUGGUCACCUCAUGAAGAGCGUGGAUCCGAUUCUGGACUCGGACGACCUCAAACCCGAGCAGAGCAACGUGAGGUGGCUUGGUGGCGACACCGACAGCAGCGUCCUGCAGAUCUACAGUGGUGAGGACCCCAAGGUGACUUUGGCGGACAGCAACUUGCUGGGCGGCUCUCCCUUCUUCGACGUGGCUGGCGAUGCUAAAGGAGCCGAUCUGGCGCGGCAUCUGGCGCCGCUGAAGCAGGCUAGCCGAGACCUGGCCUUGCGCGAAGCUGGCGCUCUUGGCAACUUUUCAGACGAGCUGGCUCCUCACUACGGCGAGGAGUGGGUCGGCUUGGCUCCCAAGAUGUACUCGCUGAAGAAGAACUGCGAGGAGUCGAAGGAGCGAGCUAAGGGGGUGCCGAAGAAGGAGCGGAAGAAGCUCAACCACGAGAAGUUCAAGGAGAUCCUCGAGGUUGGUGGCGAGCAUAAAGUGAGCUUUAGUCGCUUGGGCUCCGAUGGUCACAUCAACACCGUGGUCAACGUGGAGAAGCGCGGUCUCACGGCCUUGAACUCGAAGGUUUGGCAGCUGAACUCUCACCAGUCGAGACCCUUGGGCCACUACAAGAACAACGCCGUGUGGGCUGCUUGUUGGGAGGCUUUGCUGAGGUCUAGCAGCGGCUCCGACUCUGGCGCCUUUCACCUCAUGAACCACGUGCUGUCCUUCCUCGGCGGCGAGCAAAACUUCCUGCGCCGCGAGGUCUCCAACGGCAAGUUCAAGGGGCGGCUUUUCAACACUAGCUACCUCAAGGCUUGA